AUGGCAGCCACCAGCGUGAAAGAGAGCAUUCCUUUCGAGAAGAGAGCGGCCGAAGCAACAAGGAUACUGGCGAAGUAUCCUGAGCGGAUUCCGGUCAUUUGUGAGAAAGCACCGACGUGCACUCUCCCGGAGAUCCAGAAGAAGAAAUUUCUCGCCCCGUCGUCGAUGCUGUGUUGGGAAUUCAAGGGCAUCGUCCUGAACAACAUUCACCAGGUUCAGCUAGCAGCGGGGGGAGCUAUGUCAUCAACGGAAGUGAUCUAUCUGCUGGCUGGCAACAAGGCCACAAAGACCGGCGCGCCGCUGGCAGAAAUCUACGAGAACCACAAAUCCGAUGAUGGCUUCCUGUACAUGACAUACACAGCCGAGAACACCCUGGGUGCCUGA